UUCUAGACAGCCAGGAGGAGGCGAGGAGGAGGUCAGAGAUUUGGGUGGGUGUUCAGAGGAUGUGGAUCACCCACGUUUUACUUCUCGCUGGAAGCUCGAGAGAUGCCAUCAGCAGUCGCAGCCGGAGCAGUCGAGUCUGUCUGUCAUUGCUGCCCUUAGAUCUUCAGCAGAUCAGGAAAAAAUAAAAAGCAGCUGCCCAGGUGAUCAAAGAAGAGAAACAUCUGCAAAGAGCGGAAGAUACGGUUGGGAUCUCGCUUCUUAGAUUUUUGUUUGUUUUCCCUACUAUUUUUUCAUCUUUUUUUGGAAUCGAUUAUUAUUAUUAUCAUUUUAUUUAUUUUAUUUUUUUUUAAAAAAAGCACCACAACAUCUCUCUGUCUAUAAACUCACCGCCUACCUUCCCGUUGAAAGUCUGCCCAGCUUUGGGGAGGAGGAAGAGAGACAGUCCCGCACCGAGAGAGCGCGAUGGAGGUGACUGCCGACCAGCCGCGGUGGGUAAGCCACCAUCACCCCGCGGUGCUGAAUGGGCAGCAUCCGGACUCACAUCACCCAGGGCUCGGCCAUUCCUACAUGGAUCCAACUCAGUACCCGCUGGCCGAGGAGGUGGAUGUACUUUUUAACAUCGACGGACAAGGGAAUCACGUCCCUUCCUAUUAUAGCAACUCGGUCCGAGCCACGGUGCAGAGGUACCCGCCGGCCCAUCACGCAGGGAGCCAGGUGUGUCGCCCACCGCUUCUUCACGGAUCUCUCCCUUGGCUGGACGGGAGCAAACCCCUAGGGGGCCACCACAGUGCGUCUCCUUGGAACCUGAGUCCCUUCUCCAAGACCUCGAUCCAUCACAGCUCUCCGGGACCCCUCUCCGUCUACCCGCCGGCUUCCUCCUCCGCUUUAUCAGCCGGCCACUCCAGUCCGCACCUUUUCACCUUCCCUCCGACCCCUCCCAAAGAUGUCUCCCCGGAUCCCUCCAUCUCCACCCCGGGAUCCACCGGCUCCAGCCGGCAGGACGAGAAGGAAUGCAUCAAGUACCAGGUGUCUCUGGCUGACACCAUGAAGCUGGAGUCCUCUCACUCCCGCAGUACCAUGGCAUCGCUAGGAGGGGCCUCCUCUUCCGCUCACCACCCCAUCACCACCUACCCGCCCUACGUCCCAGAAUAUGGCUCUGGACUCUUCCCCCCCAGCAGCCUCCUAGGGGGCUCGCCUACCGGCUUUGGGUGCAAAUCAAGACCAAAAGCCCGCUCCAGUACAGAAGGCAGGGAGUGUGUAAACUGUGGCGCUACCUCAACCCCCCUGUGGAGGAGAGAUGGCACCGGGCAUUAUCUGUGUAACGCCUGUGGACUCUAUCACAAAAUGAACGGGCAGAACCGGCCCCUGAUUAAGCCCAAGAGAAGGCUGUCUGCAGCAAGACGGGCGGGCACGUCCUGUGCAAACUGUCAGACCACCACCACCACGCUGUGGAGGAGAAAUGCCAAUGGUGAUCCUGUCUGUAACGCCUGCGGGCUCUAUUACAAGCUGCACAAUAUUAACAGACCCCUGACUAUGAAGAAAGAAGGAAUUCAGACCAGAAACCGAAAAAUGUCUAGCAAAUCCAAAAAGUGCAAAAAAGUCCACGACAACCUGGAAGAUUUCCCCAAGAGCAGCUCGUUUAAUCCCGCCGCCCUCUCCAGACACAUGUCCUCCAUCAGCCACAUUUCACCUUUUAGUCACUCUAGCCACAUGCUGACUACGCCGACACCGAUGCACCCGCCAUCCAGCCUCUCUUUCGGACCUCAUCAUCCUUCCAGCAUGGUCACUGCCAUGGGUUAGAGACAGACUCCCCCUGC